ACUCGGCCUCACAGGAGGACUCCUGAACCUCGCGGAACCCGGACACGCGGGACUGGGUCUCCUGAACGGGAACCCGGAGACCCCGGAACGGUACGCUGCGGAACCCGCGAGCCCGGACACGCCGGAAUGGGACACCGCGGAAAUUCCUGGUUCCGGAAUCCGGACAUGGAGCUGCUGUCAUUCAAGGAUGUGUCCAUUGAUUUCUCCCCAGAGGAGCGGGAAUGCCUAGACCCUGCUCGGUGGAAUUUGUAUAGGGAUGUGAUGUUGGAGAAUUACAGGAACCUUGUCUCCCUGGGUCUCACUGUGUGUAAGCCUUACCUGGUCUCAUUGCUGGAACAGAGACAGGCGCCUUGGAAUGUGAAGAGACAAGAGUCAGGAACCAUGUGCCCAGAAAAUCUGUGUGACUGUAAUGACUCCGCAAAAGCCUGUGAUCAGCAUGCAGAGUGUACUGUUCAUCAGUGUGCGCACAGUGGAGAGGAGCCAUUCAGAUGUGAAGAUCGUGGCAAAGCUUUUGCUGAUGAUUCAGCUUCUGAGCGGCAUUUGCCCUACAAAUGUAAAGAUUGUGGCAAAGCCUUUAAAUACCGCUCCAUCCUCUCCCAACACCGCAUCAUUCAUACUGCUGCAAGGCCCUACCAGUGUCAGGAGUGUGGCAAAGCCUUCAAGAGAAGCAGGAACCUCACACAGCACCAGAUGACUCAUAAGAGAGAGAAACCCUACAAAUGUGAAGACUGUGGCAAAGCCUUCACUACACAUUCCGUACUUACUCAACACCAGAUCAGUCACACUGGAGAGAAACCCUAUAAAUGUGAAGACUGUGGGAGAUCCUUUAAAUAUAAUUCAACUCUCAUUCAGCAUGAAGUCAUUCAUACUGAAGCCAAACCCUACAGAUGUCAGGAAUGUGGCAAAGCCUUCAAGAGAAGUCACACCCUUAGUCAACAUCAGAUAAUUCAUAAAGGAGAGAAGCCAUACAAGUGUGAGGAAUGUGGCAAGACCUUUAGUAAACAUUCAUCUCUUACCCAACACCAGGUCAUCCACACUGGUGAGAAACCCUACAAAUGUAAAGAAUGUGGAAAAGCCUUCAGGUAUCAGUCAACCCUGACUCGACACCAAAUUGUUCAUACCGGGGCAAAACCCUACCAGUGUCAGGAAUGUGGCAAAGCCUUCAAUAAUAGCUCAACUCUCAGUCGACACCAGAUAAUCCACACGGGAGAGAAACCCUACAAAUGUCAAGAGUGUGGCAAAGCCUUUUACUGUUCCUCAUUUUUGAUCCAGCACAUGAAAAUUCAUUUUGAAGAGAUGCCCUAUAGAUGCAAGGAGUGUGGCAAACCCUUUAGGCUUUCCUCACAGCUGAUUCGACACCAGAGAAUCCAUACUGGAGAGGAACCUUAUCUAUGUAAGGAGUGUGGCAAAACCUUCAAAUACCACUCAAACCUGACUCGACACCAAAUACUUCAUACUGGAGCGAAACCUUACAAAUGUCAGGAAUGUGGCAAAGCCUUCAAUAAUAGCUCAACACUUACUCGACACCAGAUAAUCCACACAGGAGAGAAACCCUACAAAUGUCAAGAGUGUGGCAAAGCCUUUUACUGUUCCUCAUACUUGAUCCAGCACAUGAAAAUUCAUUUCGAAGAGAUUCCCUAUAGAUGUAAAGAGUGUGGUAAAUCCUUUAAAUGCUCUUCACAGCUGAUUCGACACCAGAGAAUUCACAGUGGAGAGAAACCCUACAUGUGUAAAGAAUGUGGCAAAGCCUUCAACUGCACUUCAUACCUUACCAAGCAUCAGAGAAUUCAUACUGGAGAGAAACCCUACGUGUGUAAAGAGUGUGGCAAAGCCUUUAAUUGUUCUUCCUAUCUCUCUAAACAUCAGAGGAUUCAUAUUGGCGUCCGACUGUAUAAAUGUAGAGAAUGUGGCAAAGCCUAUUAUUUUUCUUCCCAGCUGAACCGACAUCAGAGAGUUCAUACGGGAGAGAAGCCCUACAUAUGUAAAGAGUGUGGCAAAGCCUUCAACUGCUCAUCAUAUCUCAGUAAGCACCAGAGAGUCCAUGUUGUAGAGAAGCCCUACGUGUGUAAGGAGUGUGGCAAAGCUUUCAACUGUUCUGCGUACCUGACGAAGCACCAGAGGACUCAUACCGGAGAUAGAGUUUACAAAUGUAAAGAGUGUGGCAAAGCCUAUUACUUCUCCUUCCAGCUUAAUCGGCACCAGAGAAUUCAUACCCGAGAGAAAUCCUAUCGGUGUAAGGAGUGCGGCAAAGCCUUUAUUACUCCUUCCAGCCUGAAACGGCACCAGGAAACUCAUGUUAGUGAAACCCAGCAGUGUAUAGCAUUUGGCGAAGUCUCGAUAGUAGGAAUUUGUCACUAGAUGUUUCUUAAGGGGGAAACACCCUAUAUAUGCAGUUCAGGAUUUCAGUAACUGCUGGAUCUCUAGCUCACACCGAAAGGCUCAUAUGUGAGGGAGACACUCCAAGUGUAAAGUGUGCCGAAACUCGUAACAGGUGUGUAGAGGUUACUCCAUACUAAACAGUCCACAGCGGAGAACAGCUUACAGAUGUGAUAUGUGGCCUGGCCUUGGAUCUCAGCUCUUCCAGCAGAAAAUUCUAUCAGAAAGAGCACUGUCCUGUGUGUAGCCCUCAGAGGGGUCUAAUGCUGUCCCAGAAAUCCCCUCAUUAAAUAAAAAUAUUAACAAUGCUUUCUCAAAUACCUCAGAUCGAUUUUUUAAAGACAGCCCAUACCUCAAUAAAUCUUGAUGUACAUAAAAAAUUAGCACAGGACAGAAAUCUUUUGAGUAUGUAGAAUGUGCCAAAAUUUUGGACUUCUGCUUAUCAUUAGUCAAUGGGGUGGAAAGAAAUACACCAGAGGUGUCAGAGUUAUUUGAACUCAUCUCUGAAAAGAUGGAAUUUGUCAUACAUCCAAAUCUACUGAAUAACUUCACUGUUAAAAACUGUGCAAAGCUCAGCUAUGGGCCAUCUUAACAGAAGAGUAAACCUUCUUUCUGAGAAGUUUUUAACUGUUUUCUCCAGAGAACAUAAAAUAGAUUUUGAAAAACUGUA